UCUCUCUCUCCCCCCCGCUAGGCCCCAAAUAUUUAUAGUUUGCUUCUAAACCCUUCUUCAAAGACCAAGUCUUUACUCCUUAAAACAACUUUGCUAACUCAUACGAUUAGGGUUCAUAGUUCCCUCCAAUUAUCUCAGGCGAGAGAUCCGAUAUUGUCAGCUAAUGCAAUAGAGGACAAUUCAUGCCCAUUAUGGAAAAUGACAAUUCUAAUGUUUCGCGAGCUGAAGAAAUUAAGCUUCUUGCAAAUGAAGCAUUUAAAGCCCAUAAAUAUUCUCAGGCUAUUGAUCUGUACACCCAAGCGAUUGAACUAAACAGCAAGAAUGCCGUAUACUAUGCGAAUCGUUCGUUUGCUCACCUUAAACUGGAGGAAUAUGGAAGUGCCAUACAAGAUGCUUCAAUGGCUAUUGAAGUUGAUCCUAGAUAUUCAAAGGGAUACUACAGGCGAGGUGCAGCUUCUCUUGCUAUGGGGAAAUUCAAAGAGGCACUAAAAGAUUUCCAGCAGGUUAAAAAAAUCUGUCCAAAUGAUCCUGAUGCUACCAAGAAACUGAAGGAAUGUGAGAAGGCAGUGAUGAAGCUUAAAUUUGCUGAGGCAAUUUCUGUACCAGAGUCUCAAAGGCGUCCCAUAGCUGAUUCUAUUAAUUAUCGUUCUAUAGGAACGAGUACCAGUUCAUCAUCAGUGCCCACCGAAGUUACCGUAGCAGUUCUGGCAAUAGCAGCUGGGGUAGCGAUGGUUUUGAUGGGAACAGCAGUGACUGCAGUUGUGGCCACAAUAGUGGUGGUAGUCAUGGUGGUUCUGGGGGCACGUUGGUGGCGUGGCUUCCAUGGUGGGGUUUAUACCACAAGUCGAGUAAAAGACCUAGAAGUGGAGCCACAAUAUUCUGGUGCAAGGAUAGAAGGAGAUGUUGUUACUUUGGAUUUUGUGAAGAAAAUGAUGGAGGAUUUUAAGAAUCAGAAGACUUUACACCAAAGAUAUGCAUUCCAAAUUGUGUUACAAACGAAAGAAAUGUUGCAAACGCUGCCUUCUCUUGUUGAUAUAAAUGUUCCAAAUGGCAACCAUUUUACUGUUUGUGGGGACGUACAUGGUCAGUUCUAUGAUCUCCUAAACAUUUUUGAGCUUAAUGGGCUUCCUUCAGAGGAGAAUCCGUAUCUAUUCAAUGGUGAUUUUGUGGACAGAGGAUCAUUUUCGCUGGAGGUCAUUCUAACACUGUUUGCAUUUAAGUGCAUGUCUCCAUCAGCAAUAUAUCUUGCAAGAGGGAACCAUGAAAGCAAAAGCAUGAACAGGAUAUAUGGUUUUGAGGGCGAGGUCCAGUCCAAGUUAAGCGAAAAAUUUGUGGAACUAUUUGCUGAAGUGUUUUGUUGUUUACCGUUGGCUCAUGUAAUAAACGGCAAGGUGUUUGUAGUUCAUGGGGGUCUUUUUAGUGUUGAUGGGGUGAAACUGAGUGAUAUUAAAGCGAUUAAUCGGUUUUGUGAACCUCCUGAGGAAGGAUUGAUGUGUGAAUUGCUAUGGAGUGAUCCACAACCUGCACCUGGAAGAGGCCCUAGCAAGCGAGGUGUAGGUCUUUCUUUUGGUGGUGAUGUGACAAAAAGAUUUUUGCAGGACAACAAUUUAGAUUUAGUUGUGCGCUCUCAUGAAGUAAAGGAUGAGGGAUAUGAGAUUGAGCAUGAUGGUAAACUCAUCACUGUAUUUUCUGCCCCAAAUUACUGUGAUCAGAUGGGUAACAAAGGCGCCUUUAUCCGUUUUGAAGCACCAGAUUUGAAGCCAAAUAUAGUCACUUUUUCAGCAGUGCCGCAUCCUGAUGUGAAGCCAAUGGCAUAUGCGAAUAACUUCCUCCGACUCUUUCAGUAGUUUACAUGGAUGAAUCAAAGGGCCAUAUAAGCUGUAAUGUUUUUUCUGCCAGAUAAGCUGAAUAGAAAUCUGCGAUGGUAGGCUACCGAAGAGUUGGUCCAUGUUUGACAUACCCAUCUCUUUUGUACUCGUCGCUACUAGAAAGAAUAUUUCAGCCAUUUUCUUUGAUAUUAUUUUUUUGUUCUUGUGCUUGCUCCGAGCCAAGUUUUGAUGAAAUUUAUAGGCACAUGAAUGACUGCUGGCUAAAUUGCAUGGCUUCUCUUUCCAUAUGUUCCGAUGGUCUUUUCCUGGAUUUGUUGGAGAUCCGCAUAUUUUUGAUUUUCCCUACAGAUUCAUCAAGUAUGACUUAAUAGUUGUGAUUUCCAUA